CUUUUCAUAGCCGCGUCGGGGGCGUGCACUCCCAUGUAAACGCGACGCAAAGACACACAUAGAUAGCUCCAGCUUUCGGCUGGCCGGCCAACAGCAGCAGCACCUUCAGCCGGCACUGACCUCUUCCCCACUUUAUUAUUUAGUACAAACACACACCUAGCUACUACAUAUUCGACGGCAGAUGGACACAUGAGAGCGGUGGAGGGAAACCAUCUCCCAGACCAACUCGAUUUCGUUUUCGUUCCCGUUCAUCGGCCAACUCGAUUGGACCGGACUUUUCUUGGAGCCUCCCCUCCAAGGAAACGAAACCUGAAUGCAACAAGCAAGAUCCUACAUGGGGCGACGGCGACGACGGCGAGCGAUCCGCCAUGUCUCGGUUGAGUCGGAGGUCGACGCAUCGGCGGCAGACACGGCCACGGCCACGGCCAGGGCCUCGGCGGCGGUGCUCACCGCGCCGCUGUCGCUGGAAGGGGGCCUCGCGGCGGAGCUCCAGCCGGCGAACCUCGUGCAGCGGGUGCUCAGCCUCUUCGGGAACGUCAGGCCGGGGGCCGAUCUCUCGCACUUCCAGCUGCCUGCUACGUUCAACCUGCCAAAAUCGCAGCUCCAGUUGUACGGGGAAAUAGUCUACUGCGACGGAGAUGACUACCUGAGCAGAUGCGGCAAAGGCAAGGACAGCCUCGAGCGCUUCACGGCGAUCGUCGCAUGGAGCAUCUCGACGACGAGGCCGCCCAUCUUCGGUUUCGCGCCCUACAACCCGGUCCUCGGAGAGACGCACCAUGUCUCCAGAGGGUCACUCCAUGUCCUUCUUGAGCAGGUGUCUCAUAAACCCCCAGUCUCGGCGCUUCACGCUACCGAUGACGGCGGAAACGUCGAGCUUGUCUGGAGCCAACACCCAGUGCCGAAAUUUAAUGGUGCUAGCAUAGAGGCAACGGUGCACGGCAAGAGGCAAGUCAGGCUUCCAAAGUUCAACGAGACAUACGAGAUGGACUGUCCAAACCUGCUCAUCAGGCUGCUUCCUGGGCCCUCCGUCGAGUGGUCCGGCACCGUCAGGAUCGUCUGCAAGGACUCCGGGCUCGAGGCAGAAUUGAGCUACCACAGAAGCAACUCCUUCAUGGGAAUGGGAGGUGACGGGAGGUGCGUUAAGGGCAAGGUGUUCCAUUCAUCGAGCCCGCAGGACACCGUCUUCGAGAUCGAUGGCUACUGGGAUAGGACUGUUUCGCUCAAGGAUGUUGAGAGUGGGGAGGUCUUGGUUCUCUAUGACGCGAACCUCUCCAUCGCUAACCUCGUCACACCGGAGGUUAAAGAAGAAGAGGGCUUGUCAUCUACCGAGUCGACGGUCGUCUGGAGCGAAGUCAGCGAGGCUAUCCUGGCAAAGGACUGGGAGAAGGCUAGCGAGGCGAAGCGGAACGUCGAGGGCAGGGCUAGGAGCCUUGAAAAGGAGAGGAAUGAGAAGGGAGAGGUGUGGAUGCCCAAGCACUUCUCAUUGUCCCAGGACAAGGAUGGGAACUGGGACUGCUGUCCAUUAGAGAAAUCAGUGCGUCCAGCUCCUAUCGUUGUACCUUCUCCUUCUUCAUGACACUGCAUUACAUGUAAUAACAAUGUUAAAUCAUAUAAUCAAGCUGACCAUUCUUUUUUA